GACAUCAGUACCGACUCCUUCAACAAGUCAAUAACAAGAUGAAGAACAUUACAGUGAUACUGUGUCUUGCACUUGUUGCAGUUGUCUUCGUGACUCUCAGUGAAGGUCACGGGCAUGGCCACGGUCACGGUCAUGGACAUGGUCACGGUCAUGGGCAUGGUCACGGACAUGGUCACGGGCAUGGUCAUGGACAUGGUCACGGACAUGGUCACGGACAUGGUCACGGUCACGGACACGGUCAUGGACAUGGUCACGGGCAUGGUCACGGACAUGGUCACGGACAUGGUCACGGUCACGGACACGGUCAUGGACAUGGUCACGGACAUGGUCACGGGCAUGGUCACGGACAUGGUCAUGGACACGGACAUGGUCACGGACAUGGUCACGGUCAUGGUCACGGACACGGUCACCACGGCUGAAACAAGGAAAAGACUAGGCGUGAAGAUUUGGCUGAAAUCUUUUGGGAGACUAUGGGAAUUCUUUCUGAAAUAAAAUAUAAUAAGAUUCA